UGGGAUUGUGAUCAUAUUGUGUAAACUUGAACAAAUUUUUCCGAUGUCCUUUUUUACAAUCAUGGUUCACCUGUGCGUGCAUUUACCAGAACAAGCAUUAUUGGGUGGUCCAGCUCCUCCUAGAUGGAUGUUUGGAAUUGAACGGCGCAUGGGUACUUAUAAGGGAUAUGUGCGUAAUUAUGCUCGGCCUGAUGGAUCUAUUGCUGAAGCUUACGUGGUCGAUGAGGCUAUUACAUUCUUAUCUCGAUAUUUAACUGAUAUUGAAACAAGAUUUACACGCCCAGAGCGCAAUUGGGACCUCUCUAGUGAAGACUAUAAGAUGGACGUGUUUAACCACAAAAUACGAACACUUGGAGCUCCUAAAUUUGGAAAUCUAGGAUUAGAUGGGAAUGUGGUGCAAUGGUACCUUCUUAACAAUUGUGGAAGUGAGCUCGAUGAUUACAUAAAAGAGCAUAAGGAACUUAUUUGCUUGACAAGCUCACGUGCACAAGAAUGGGACAAUAUUCACAAACGUGAAUUUCCUGCUUGGUUCAA